AUGUCAAAUAGAAUCACACAGCCAAUAAUUAAUUAUGAAUUGAGUCGACAAAAGAAUUUGGAAGCUUCUUCCGAUGUUUUGAAUAAAGAUCUUAAUGCAUUCAUUCAUAUAACAGAGAAAGUAUCCAAAGAAUCCGAGGGGGAGGAGCAUAAUGGAACAGUUAUAAGUGAAUGCUCUGAAGCAGAACAUAUACGUGUUGAAGUCAACUAUCUUGAUGUGGUAAAUAUGGAUGCUGCUAUGACUCAAAGCAAGAUGGCAAAAGAGAUAGCUAAUCUUAUAGUAGCUGAAAUUGAAGGUGGAGAUAAUUAUUCGUGGAACUUUCUAAAAGUGAAAAUGUCAAAAAAAUUUGGAGGCACAAUUGGCAGAUUUUAUUAUGCUUGUUGUCAGUCGAAAGAGGCGCAAUUGCGAGUUGAUUUGGUUCUUAAUGCUGCAAAAGUAGAUAUUUACCAUGGACAUCUUUAUCCACGCCCAAAUCUCUGCAUUGAAAUGCCAAACGAAUUACGGAAAGAGAUCAAAAUAUACUUGCAUCUUACUAUAAUAGAAUUGAAAAAUUACCUACAGCGUAAAGGAUUUGAUAUCUCAAAGUAUUCACCCAAGCGUCUUUACUUUUGGAAGUCAGUUGUGAGCCAAAAGCUAUUUAAACGUUAUGAUAAUUAUAUUGAAUCCGCGUGCCAAUUGCUUAGUGAGCAUGAAACUCAUGGCUUCCGAUGGUGCUUAAAUAUUAAAAAUUCAGAAACCACCGCCAUCGGUUUCAUCAUCUUACUGUUAGAAGAAAUUAAGAAUCGUAAUAUUAACAUCUGCAAGAUUUACCUUGACGUGACUUAUAAAACUACAAGAGGACAUUAUGAACUUUAUGGUGUCAUCACAGAU